GGUGCCACACCACCCGAUCCACCUCCCUCUCAMCCCGUCGUUGUCUAUGAAAGGCUUCCCGCCCGCCCACCCGAUAUUGGUGCUUCUCUCGAUGUCCUCGUCGCCCAAGAAACAGCCGCCAUCGCCAUUGCCAUCCCCGUUGCAUCCGUGCGCCUGCUCGGUCUUUGUGGCAACCAGCAGCGACGGAUACAUCGCCGACAGGGACCACAAGGUCGAUUGGCUCAACGACCUCCGGGAAUCCCACCCGCUGCCGGAGGGAGACGACGGCGGGUUCGCGGACUUUCUCGAGAGCGUGGACGCCAUCGUCAUGGGCCGGGUCACAUCACCUACGACGCCGUUCUGGGAUUCGUAGAGAGCGGGGUGGCUCCCGGGUGGCCCUACCAGAACAAGCCCCUGUACGUCUUCACGCGGACGCCCGGGGCCGUUCGGCCUCCCCCARGGGAGGUCCUYKCCGGAAGGGGCAGCAAUGCCCGCGUUCGGGCGGUCUCGGGGGACCCGGCCUCCGUCCUGGCCACCGUGGCCGGGGAGGCGGAAGGAUCUCCGGCAAGAACCGCCGUGACACGCGUCUGCGUCUACGUCGACGGCGGGAGGUGCAUCCGAUCCUUUCUCGACGCCGGGCUCGUCACCUCGGCAACCAUUACAAGGGUCCCGGUGACGCUCGGCGACGGCGUGCCCCUCUUUUCGGAGGAGCAGGCCAGCAGGCUCCGAGAAACGAGAUCGGUGACCCUGGCGAACGGAUUCGUCCAGACCACGUUCGAGGUGGUAUAGACCAAGCCAAAGCAGACCAAAGCAAAGCAAAACGAAAGUCCUGGCGAAUGGCUUACGGCCCAAAGCAAUGCGAACAAUGCGAACAAUUCCAGCAAAAACCACAAACCAAUGCCGGAUGCAAAUUCACUACAAGACAAAGAGAUACUACGCAGCAGUAUCCGUGGGGUACUCGUCAGGGAAUCAAGGAAGUAGUGCGAUUCCAUCUCUCUGACUUUGAGCACGACCGACGAGGGUGAUCGCAGGAACAGCAAACGGAAAAGUGGGCAUCGUAUUGAACAGGGCACGUACUACGAGUGACAACGUGGUCGAAAGAAGCAGGAACACACAAUUUCACGUUGAGACUUUCUCAUUGAACCACUGGCGUGCCGUAUGAUGGAUAUUUUUCCGAAGAAUUUGGAAUCGCAUGACAGCAAGCAACGAAAGGAAAAAAAGAGGUCUUCAGGGAAGUCAUCGAGACGUUAUGAUUAAAAGAAUCGCAUUCAU